UGAACUCCAGUUAAAAUAUGAACUUAGUUCAAAUGCAUGUGCGUUGUUCAUCUGUCAGUCAAGCUCGGUUCCACUGAACCUCAAAUAUGCAGCAGUUGGUAAUACCAUAAGCAUUAUGUUAUUAGGCACGGAAUGAUAAGACUUGUCAAUAAUGUCAUUUUGACGUGAUUUUGACCGAAGUCAUAACCCUACUUUCACUUGCUUUUACUUAUAGGCCGAAGCGAUAGGUUCAAUCUGGAAUCAUUUUUUGGCGAUUUUUUGAAGUUAGCUUGUUAUUCUCGACUAUAAAUAUAUCGCAACAUCUGCAGGAGAGCGGUAGUGGAUUUAUUUCAAAAAUGAGUGCACCUAAGAGAACAAGUAACUUUAGCAGGGAAGAAGAAUCCCUUUUAAUUAGACUGGUGAAUAAAUAUAAAGAUGUUAUUGAAUGUCGUAAAACGGAUGCAGUAACAAACUCUUCAAAAGCAAAGACAUGGAAUAUGAUUGCAAAAGAGUUUAACAGUGGAGCGGUGACCUACAGGGAUAGUAAAACAUUGAAGAAUAAAUACGACAAUAUCAAAAAAAGGUCAAAGAAGAAGUUCUCACAGGAGAAGUGUUCCCUGUUUGCUACAGGAGGAGGUGCCUCAAAAACAGUUCAUUUCACCGAUAUUGAUGAACAAGUCAAAGACAUUUUAGGUGUCCGAAUAGAAGGACACCCUUCAACGUAUGAUGAUGACAUGAUUGUCUGUGACAUACCUGAGAAUGCUACAUGCAGGGACUUUAUUGAGGAAUAUGAAAUUACUUCAGAGGAGACACAGGAAGUUCAAAACAGUGAUAAAGAAAAUCAAGAAGUGUCUCAUUUAGAAGGUCCAGAGGCCAGUAGUCAUCAGGCGGAGGAGGGGAGCAAGUUAAAUACAUCCCAUUUGUGCACACUAAAAUCAAGUGCUCUGAGAACUCCAGAAGAUAAAGAAAAUCAAAUAGCGCAUCGUUUAGAAGGUCCAGAAUCCAGUAGACAUCAAACGAGGGACUGGAGCAAAUUAAGUACAUCCCUUUUGCGCACACCAAAAUCAAGUGCUCUGAGAACUGCAGAAGUGAAGACCGACUGCUCAAAAAAAAGGGGUGCUAUUUGCACAAAAAUGGAAAAAUGGGUUGAAUCCAAAAAAUCAUUGGAAGAUUCUAAAGAAAAAUGCCUUUUGGAUGAAUUUGAAAUGAAAAAACAGCUAUUGAUGAAAGAAAACAAAAGAAACUGGAAAUAAUGCAACUAGAGUAUGAAGAGAGAAAAAAGAGGGAAGAUGAGGUACAUAACAUUAAAAUGGAAAUGUUAAAUAUGGAAAAACAGUAUCUGUUAAAUAAAUAUAAAAUUUGAUUUUCUUAAUCUUGCCA